AUGCCGUCCGUCGAAGACAAAGCCCUCGACGGCGAGGAGCCCCUCGAACCUCCCUCCCACAUGCCCACACACGCUCUGCAUUCUGCCGCUUUCUCUGGAAUGCCAGUGCACGUCUACCCCUUCCCACACUCCCUCCUCCCCACUCAGCAGCCUCUCCGUUCAAAGCGCAGGCAGGUCAAGAACGCCUGCACAAACUGCCAGAAGGCCUGCAAGAAGUGCGACGACGCUCGUCCAUGUCUCAGAUGCGUCAAGUACGGCGUCUCCGAAGAAUGCGUCGAUUCCCAAAGAAAGGAGCGGAAAAAAGGGAUCAAAAGGGGUCCCUACAAGAAGCGCGAUGGAAAAGGCAACAGCGUCGACCACACCGACGUGCCCACACAGGGCGUGCCUGUCUCAAACACGGUUCCGCCUCCAGGCGGUCCACCAAUCCCCGGGGGUUACCUCCCCGUCGGCUAUCCUCCACCUCCUGGCUUCUACCCUCAGUACCCACCCGCCAUAUCCAAGCAGGGAGACAGCCCACCCGUGUACUCAGCUCAGCCAUAUUUCUUGGCUCCAGUCCCCCACAUGCAGGGCCAGUUACACACCGUUUCGGAGGAUGAGACCCGAGGGUAUUCCCCCGAGGGAUUUUAUCAACCUGCCAUCAUCACCCCUGUGCCCUAUCACCCCCACUAUUCCAUUGCCAGACCUAAUGGUGAGGGUGCCAUUCAGAGCCACUAUCCUAUGUACAGCACCGUCUAUCCCAAGGAAACAAUGGGUGGGCAAGGUGAGGUGAUCAACAACAGGAGUGGUGGGCAAGAACUUGUGGUCAAUUGCAAGCAAGAUUGA